UCAUUUUUAUGUUUUAUGUGAUGUUUGGUUUGUUAAUCUUAAAAGAAACAUCCUGAUACAGUAAAGAAAUGAGCAAAUAAAUAGUAAACGUUUAUAUUGAAAACUCACCGGAUAAUUUUGUUAAUUUUUUGCGACUUUUUUUGUUCAAUCAACAAAUAAUUGUAACAUGGAAACAAUUUUAGAACAACAACGUCGUUAUCAUGAAGAACGUGAGCGGCUCAUUAAAUUAAUGGUAGAUGAAUAUGCAAACAGGAAACCUGGAGAAAAAGAAAAGAUCUACUCCGAACAUCGUUUAAAGUAUUUAUUGGAUCUUCAUCACAACGCAACACACAAGUUGAAAGAACUCUACGAAGACAAGGACAAUGAGCGCAAAGCCGAAGUACAAGCUUUGUCUGGUCCAAACGAAUUCAAUGAAUUCUAUGCGCGAUUAAAACAAAUUAAAGAAUUCUACAAAAAGCACCCCAACGAAAUCAGUGUUCCACUAUCAAUCGAGUUCGAUGAACUCACAAAGUCAUACAGCAACAAUGAUGAAAUGAGUGGUCUAGUCGAGUUCACUGACGAGGAAGGCGGCGGUCGUUACCUCGAUUUGAACGAAUGCUACGAAACCUAUUUGAAUAUCCGUGGAAUCGAGAAAGUUGAUUACAUCACCUAUCUCAUGACUUUUGAUCAUGUCUUUGACAUUCCCAAAGAACGCAAAAACAUGGAUUAUAAAAAGUAUUUGGAAGCUUUGAAUGAUUAUUUAUAUGGCUACAUAGUUCGAAUCAAGCCAUUGCUAGAUAUUGAUGCAGAAUUAGCGAAACUUGAUGCUGAGUUUCAGAAGCAAUGGGCCAAUGGUACGUUUCCAGGUUGGCCCAAAGAAACUGAGUCUGUGUUGGCAAACACUGGUGCUCAUUUGGACCUUUCUGCAUUUUCUAGUUGGGAGGAGUUGGCUUCGUUGGGUCUUGAUCGUCUCAAGUCAGCUUUGAUGGCUCUUGACCUGAAGUGCGGAGGCACUUUGGAGGAACGGGCACAACGAUUAUUUUCGACCAAAGGUAAAACCCAUCUUGAUGCGUCACUUAUAGCCAAGAAGACUAGUGGAAAGUUUAGCGCUCGAGAGCAAGCACGUCAAAAGGAGAUUGCUUUGCUUGAGGCGAUGUUGUAUCGUUGCGUUGAGUUUGUGUCUGAGCAGAGGAGUGCCACCAAGGAGAAUGUGCAGAGAAAACAAGCGCGUACUGGUGGUGAGAGAGAUGAUAGUGAUGCUGAAGCUAGCGAAAGCGAGAACGAUGAAGAAGACGCUGAUGACGUUCCAUAUAACCCGAAGAAUUUGCCAUUAGGAUGGGAUGGCAAACCGAUCCCUUAUUGGCUUUAUAAACUGCAUGGUCUGAAUAUAAAUUACAAUUGCGAGAUUUGUGGCAAUUUUACAUACAAAGGGCCGAAAGCUUUCCAGCGACAUUUUGCUGAAUGGAGACAUGCUCAUGGAAUGCGAUGUUUGGGAAUACCAAAUACUGCUCAUUUUGCGAAUGUUACACAAAUCGAGGAUGCUAUUACAUUGUGGGAGAAACUUAAGUCGCAAAAACAAAGCGAAAGAUGGAUUGCGGAUCAAGAGGAAGAAUUUGAAGAUUCGUUGGGAAAUGUGGUUAACAGGAAGACGUAUGAGGACUUGAAACGACAAGGAUUGCUAUAAAAUGUAAUUGAUCUUAUAAUAAAAUUGUACAAUCGAUUUAAUGAA